AUGUUAGCGCUCGUGGCGAAGUUGCGCAGUGUACUGACGAGCAACCGCGUGCCGUUUUUCUGGGCCGUGUCGGCGGCGAGCCUCCAAAUCAGCAUGGACCAAGCGGCGCUGGACAGGUCCAACCUCCGCCUGCUGCCGUGUGUGAUCCAGUCGGUGCUCAAGUUCCCGGCGAUCGCAUCGUUCGUGCGGCAGACCCACUCGACCCUUCGCGUGCACUUUGAAGUGAUCGACCGGCCCAUGAGUCUGUGGAUGUCUUGGAGUGAGUUCAAGUCGUGUUUGGCGGGGCUUCAAAAUGCCUACACGUUCGUGCAACUGCUGCCCCAGGGGGAUACCUUCCACACACCCCACGACGAAGGAGGGGGAUGCACUCCGCAGUGGAAUUUCUCGACAAAAAUCUCGGUGGACGAACCCAAAGAGUGCAUCCAUCGAUCAGACCGACCGGUCGUGUAUGUAGACACGCAGCCAAUCCUCGGGAAACCCGACAGCACGGGCGAAAACUUGAUUCCAUUCACGACCAAAACCAAAUCGACCACCAAGAACCAACCGACGCGGUUGCAUUUUGUCGUGUUGAGUGUCCGGCGAACUGUUCCAAAGACCAGCGACAAGCCAACGCUAUAUUGCACAGCGUACGACCCUAUCACAGCCAGCGAUUACGAAGUCGUGGGCACCCCCACCAAUUGGCCGGUGAACUUCUUCGACCCAGACGUGAACAAAAACUUUGAAGCAGAAUGGCUGGCCAUGUUGCAACACUUGAAAUUAGGGCGCACCAUCACCCCCAAGCUGUUGAUUCGAGUGUACAACAAACAACCUCGAAGUGACCAAUUGAUUGGAGAAACGGAAGUGUCGGUGGCGUCCAUGAUGGCGCGCGAAGGGUACGGGAUCGAGUCGUGGUUUUCCAUUUACCAUCCCGUGUCCGAAAAAUGCACCGGUCAAAUUGAAUUGCACGCGCACUUUCAAAUUCGAACCACGGGCCAAGGACACCAUGCAGACCCAACAACGGUAUUGUUGCCAAGUGUAAACUCCAAGACAUCAACUUUGCCCAUUGUCGUCCCAUCCAAGCAACCCAAACAGCCGAACGUUGUCGAGGAUCGAACGACAAAGCCACUUCAGCCAUCAUCCAUUGAGCAUCACCACUCGAGUGAACUCGUUCUAAAAGAUCGCAUCCAAGAGCUCGAAAGAAAGACCCUAGACCUAGAAGCCACCGUCGCGGCGUCGGACACUGCCAAGUGGAAGCGAAAGUACGACCAGCUCAAACACCAAGUGGCCGAAACCCAAGCGCAAGUGCAAGGGCUCAAGGACGAGCUCGUGGCCCUCCACCUCAAGGCGUCCAACCCGCUGGACGUGCAAGACUUCGCAGCGCCUGCCACGUUGGCUGCGAUCAAGGCAAUUUUGAACGCAAGGUGCCCCGAACGCCCGUAUAACGGACUCAAAAAAGCUAUGGCGGCAGUUGCCGACUCCCCUGGAAAGAUUUCAAUUGUCUCGUGUGAAGAAGUGCUCGAUGAUUUUGGAUUGGCCCUCAAUGCGACCCAAAAGCGCAAUCUGUUUCGCAGUUUGGAUCCUGAUACCAUUGGCAUCCUCUCCAUCGAAGAUUUCUUGCUGAAAUUGAAUGGGGACAUGACGCGGUCCUUAUCCAAGCCCAAGAUGGACACUGCUACCCCGCAACCAACACCCAUAGCGCCAAUACCCCGGCAUGCAUCGAUGGCCAUCUCAAAGUCCAAAGACAUGCUGCCCAAGCUGAACUCGUUACAGUCCACGACACAUGACCUUCCAGCCGAGGAAUCGAAGGCCAAGGGGACUCCAUCACCUGAACCGAGUAAGAACAAGGCUACAACACGACAAGAAGAGGCACCCCGAGUUUCCACGAGCGCCACAGACGCUGUGCGUCCGCAGGACACUACUAAAAGCCACAAAGAAAUGGCUGAUCACGCUCUCCAGUCCGCCAAACCGGCGACGAGUAAAGUGGACAUGCCAAUGGACACUGCAAAACGAACAGGGGGGCCCAUCCAACGAAGUCCGGUGACUGAAAAGCCGACGCAGGCAAAGGGCAAAGCUGUGGCCGUCUCGAAUCUAAGCACCCCCGUACUACAUUUUACCAACCAUACCGACUUGCACAAGUAUUUGGCGGCGACAUUGCCGGAGAAGUGGGAUAUGCAACUGACCCCCAAGGGCAAACCGUACUUUCGCAACUUCACAACAAGAUCCACGCAAUGGAACCAUCCUGUGGCCGAUGUGGACGCCGUCUACAGGGACUAUCUACUGCACAAGAAAGGUGGGAGCGCGAAAUAAGUCGGACGAACAACACUGUAUUCUGGACACACAAUAUGAAAUUGUCCGUUCAUGUUAACGCAUCAAGUGCUGUUGGAGUCUGGCAUCGACCGCCUACUUGACUGCCUUGGCGCACACAAAACGAGGGGUGUCAGCCCCACAGACCGCAUGCAGAAUGAUGUUCCAGCUCGGCGUGACCUCUGACGGCUUCGGAAAGUGUGGGUCGUACCACUUGCCUCGAAUUUUCCCCUUCUUGACGUGGAAAUCGCCCAACUUGCCUGACAAGUCGCCCUUCUCACACGCUUUCGGGUUGGCUUUGUACGUGUGCGGCGUGCACUUGUAGUGAGGCGUCAAAGCCUUGCACUUGGCUUCCGUCACGUGUUCCGACGCAGGUCCGCACGCAUAAUCGGGGUCAUAAUGGUUGGAUGUCUUGGCCAGCGAACAAGCAGACAGGGAGCCCGACGACGUUGGGUUUUCCCAUUUGGUGUGAAUGUGCCACUUGAACUGCUUGAUCGGACCAACGCAUUUGGCAUCUGAUUUAUGCAAGGCAUCUCCCUGAGCGUGCUUGACGUCCAGGUUGGCCACGAUGACCGCGCCGACGUACUUGGAAUGCCGGUACAAGUAGCGGACUCGGAUGAAGCCCUUGACUCCACCGGCAGUCUUCGGGUGAUACACGAAAGUCAUCGUGUUUUUCUGGUGGCCCACACACAUCGCCAUCGUGGCGAAGAGGAGCACGAGCAGGGUGAGUGUGUUCAUGAGGGCGAGCAAGUUGAACAAUGCGAUCUUG